CCUCGCCCUUCUCUCUUCGCCCCUUCACCUUUAAGAGGUGCGCCGACCAACACGGCUCGGACUUUCUCCCCCGGCAGGAAUCAGCGCGAUGACGAGCAGAACCGAGCCGGCACCAUGCGCUCCAGGCUCCCUCGGACCGCCUGCCUCCUGCGGCUCGCUGCACUCUGCAUCCUGCUCCCGCACGCCGCAGCAUACUUCGGGCUGACGGGACGCGAGCCGUUGGUCUUUCUGCCGGGUCCCUUCUCCAACGAGGCUUCCACGGGCAAGGCCUACCUGAAGCAGUGCGAGCAGAUGGUGUUGUCCCGCCGCCAGAAGAGGCUGUGCCGCCGGGAGCCCGGCCUGGCCGAGACGCUGCGGGAGUCGGUGCGCCUCAGCCUGCUGGAGUGCCGGUACCAGUUCCGGAACGAGCGCUGGAACUGCAGCCUGGACGGCCGGGGGAGCCUGCUGAAGAGAGCCUUCAAGGAGACAGCCUUCCUUUUGGCGGUGUCGUCGGCGGCGCUGACCCAUGCCCUGGCCAAGGCGUGCAGCUCUGGCCGCAUGGAGCGCUGCACCUGUGACGACUCCCCUGGCAUCCAGCACCGGGAGGCAUGGCAGUGGGGGGUGUGCGGCGACAACCUCAAGUACAGCACCAAGUUCCUCAAGCGGUUCCUGAGCCAAAAGAGGAUCAGCAAGGACCUGAGGGCUCAGGUGGACGGCCACAACAUCAACGUGGGGGUUAGGGCGGUAAAGAGCGGCCUCAAGACCACCUGCAAGUGUCACGGGGUUUCCGGCUCCUGCGCCGUACGGACUUGCUGGAAGCAGCUGGCUCCUUUCCACGACACGGGCCGGUUGCUCAAGUAUCGCUACGACACGGCCAUGAGGGUGCUCAGCGUCACCAACGCCGCCACCGGGGAGAGCGAGCUAGCCGGGCCGCGCCGCCACAGCCUCCGCACCACAGACCUGGUCUACCUGGAGGACUCGCCGAGCUUCUGUCGGCCCUCGCGGUACUCGCCGGGCACCGGCGGGCGCACGUGCGCCAAGGACACCAGCUGCCAGAACCUGUGCUGCGGACGGGGCUACAACACGGCCAUGCGCCUCACCAGCCUGUCGUGCCACUGCCAGGUGCGCUGGUGCUGCCAUGUGGAGUGUCAAACCUGUGUCCGGGAAGAGGAGGUCUACACUUGCAAGAGCACGUAGGCCUGAAAAUAAGAUGGAACUCCAAGAGCCACUGAGUGUGCAGGGAACUAAUCACCACACUCGCAUUGGCCGAACUGUGCACAAGGACCGCAAAUGACUACCUAGGAGGGGCACAUCAUAACAUCUCCUCGUGUCCGAUGGUACAAGUCUGAACGAGCUCCAUCCUUCUCUGUGGCUAGCUAUGCUAAGCUCGCAAUAGCCAUCACUAGUGCCUUAAAUUGGGUUGAACAAGAAUUCAAGACGUGUUUCAACCGAGUUAAGUUCGGUUCACGAGCUGGGCCAGCUAUGUAAAUAGCGUCAUGUCAUAGCGUGAGGUGCCAGAGAAUUCAACAAGAUGUCUUCAAGAGGGUGGACAGUAACGGAAGACAAUUGGUGGUCUUUCUUGGGAGGUUUUGUAGCCUAACUUUAAAGUACAAACUAAGGGUUCGAGGCUCAGUGGAUCCUAUGUAAAAAGCUUGAGAGACUUCUGUUGUUCUUUGUCAAGACUACUACGAAUGUUCUUUUACGGAAAAGUUUGCCACUCGUUACUUUGUCGUACAGGUUCUUCGCACACCUUCAGUCAUAACUAUAAAUGACAAAAUAUCUGCCAAUGCUGCUCUCAGUCUGCUAUAGCUAACAUUAUCACUGUCCACAAAGUCCGUACUUUUCCCAGACAGAAAUUAUUUGGUUUUCUCGAUAGUACAUUUUAUGACAUACCGGUAGUUCAUGUUUUUGGUAGUUUACAUCAAAAACUGAAGUUUGGUCAACUAUAUGUAAGCAAUGUGUGUAUUUGUGAUGCACCACUUUACCACUAGGGGGAGCACAGGGUCCCCAACCGAUUUGCCACACCGUAAACAACAGCGAUAGUUAAUCGUAUAGCCCCUUUUGCAAAAUUAGUUUGACGUAUACAAACACAUACACAUUACAAAAAAACCUAGUUAUUUGAUGUUUUUGUUUAGCACAAUUCUACGCAUUGGCCGUUCUAACCGAAAAUAUAAAAUCGGUGUUUAAGUAACUAAAUACAAUGUAAGUCAAAACACGCAGUAAAGUCAGUGUUUUUAUUUGCACCACUACACCACUAGGGGGUAAACAUUGCUUCUCACUCACCCGUGACAAUAUGAAACAAAAAAAAAAUAUCGCACAGACCUUUAGCUCUUUACUUUCACAAUUUACUCAUAAACACUGAAAGUUAACGUUACUUAAUGUUUUACAUGGGAGAGUUCCUCAUAAUUGUAUUUUGUUCGAAAUGCAAUUAUCAAACGAGUUACCAUAAUAUUUGCGGUUUAAAAAUCCAAAUACAAUGGCAGGGAAUGGCUCAAAAUAUGGCGUCCAUUCAUUAUCGAUUUACGAUUGAACACAAUUCUCCAUUCCAACCAGUUUUUGCAAUGUAUUAUUUGUCGAAAUAUUUAUAAUGAACAUUUUUCAAAACCAGUUACAGGUUAGAAAAUCUCCGCCUGGUUGCAUGGAAAUAGCCUAAAAACAUAUUUUUAAAAAUGGAACACGAAAAACAUUUAUUUUUUUAACUAAGGGACUAAAGUCAAGGGACUUCCAGGAUUAGCGUCUUUUUUUUUAUUCUUGAAUGAUACCCACCCCUCCAGCUAGGUAUACAGUAUUAGUUGCCUCCUAUUAGUUGUGCUAAAACAUGCUUGCAUACAUUAAAGAGACAUAUACAGAAUCCCUUGAAGCAGGGGUGUCCAAAGUGAGGCCCUGGAGCAAAUUUCGCAGUUCGUUUUUUAUUGGCCGUCGACAUAUUGCAAAAAAUUAAUUUAUGUUAUCAGUAGAGCUGCCAAACGAUUCAGUUUUUAAGUUAGAUUAAUCACGAUUAAACAAAAGUAUCACUAGUUGUGUUACUUGCUUCCAUAAUUUAAAAUGUAACUGUAGUUUUUAUUUAAACUUAAAGACCCCAAUAUUUGGACACAAAUGCAUUGUUAUUGUUAAAAUAGUUUAGGACUUAUGUGUCAAAGUCAAUUAUCCAUGGACCCCGGUGUGAUAUUUGAUUAGUAUUAGAACCGGCCCGCAGGCCACAGCUGCCUGCUGCUGUUUUGCACGCACUAAUACUCCAUCAGUGUUGACGUCAGGAAUUUUCGUUAGGGACUCCAUCAAGUCAUAAAAAUGGGGUCCCACAGUAAAUUUCUGGUGGUCCCAUUUUUUUGUAUGCAUUUUGAAAACAAAUGAUAAACAUAUGCAUUAUCCUGUUAUUUCUCACAUUCUCUAUUGUGUUUUGGUAAAAGGUUGUCCUAAAUGUUACUUAAUUAUUAUUUUUUAAAUACACAAAAGAAAACACAUUUUUAUGCAUAUGUAAAUUAAUUCAGUCAUAAACAUUAAUUCAUUUUCUUCUUUCCUUCAUGGAUCUAAACGUUACCACUGCCGGUAUUUUUUCCCCAUAUUUUUAUUGUAAUAUUUUCAGAAUGUGUUUGUUCUAUUUUUUGGCCAAAGUAAGACAAAGAAAACAAUCUGAAGUUGUCUUUAUUUUUUUUAUUUUUAGUGCCAUGAUUUUAAUAGUCCGGCCCCCGAGCUAAAAUGAGUUAGACACCCCUGGUUUAGAAGGCAAAGAAGCAUGUGCAGUCAAAAUAAAUGACGGCAUCAAUAUGUGUAGAUACAUGAUAAAUGCAAUAUUUUUUUGUAAUUAUUUGCAUGAGUCGACUCGUUUCUGGCAGCCCUGGUUUUUACAAAUUACCCUUGUCACCUAUAAAACAACGCAAAUUGGACCUUUUUUGAGGUAGCCUACAUUAAUUUGCUUUAAGCAUUUUUACAAGCGAUGUCCGAUAAUAUCGAACUGCCGAUAUUAUCGACCGAUAAAUGCUCUAAAAUGUAACAUCGGAAAUUAUCUGUGUCGGUUUUAAAAUUAUGGGUAUCUGUUUCAAAAAGUAAAAUUCAUGAAUUUAUAAAACGGACAUAGGGGGAAGUACAGAGCGCCAAUAAACCGUAAAUGCACUGCCUUUGCGUGCCGGCCCAGUCACAUAAUAUCUACGGCUUUUCACACACACACACACACACACACACACACACACACACACACACACACACACACACACACACACACAAGUGAAUGCAAAGCUUACUUGGUCAACAGCCAUACAGGUCACACUGAGGGUGGCCGUAUAAACAACAUUAACACUGUUACAAAUAUGCGCCACACUGUGAACCCACACCAAACAAGAAUGACAAACACAUUUCGGGAGAACAUCCGCACCGUAACACAACAUAAACACAACAGAACAAAUACCCAGAAUCCCUUGCAGCACUAACUCUUCCAGGACGCUACACUAUACACCCCCAACCUCAAUAUCCUCAUGCUCUCUCAGGGGAGAGCAUGUCCCAAAUUCCAAGCAGCUGUUUUGAGGCAUGUUAAAACAAAAUAACGCACUUUGUGACUUCAAUAAUAAAUAUGAAAUAACUUAAGUUGAUUUAUUUUGGAAAACCGUGUUACAUUGUUUAAUGCAUCCAGCGGGGCAUCACAACAAAAUUAGGGAUAAUAAUGUGUUGAUUCCACAACUGUAUAUAUCGGUUGAUAUCGGAAUCGGUAAUUAAAAGUUGGACAAUAAAAAAGGCACAUUUUUACUGUACAAAAAAGUAUCACAGGGGCCCCGCCGCAUCAGUCAAUUUCUCUCAAUGUGGCCCUCAGUGAAAAAAAAUGUGGACACCCUUGCUUUAAAUUAGACCAAUACUUCUUAUAUAGUGAGGCAAGCGUGAUAACAAUACACUUCAGCUGGGUGGCAACUCAGAGUGGUUUGUGCAGAUAAUUAAAACCAACAUUAUCAGGUUUUCAAUUAUAUUUCAAUUUAAGGGGGGCGUGAGAAAAAUGAUGUUACCAAUGGGGGCCUGGACAAAAAGUAAUUAAAAAGCACUGCCCUAAAGAUAUGUAAAAAAAAAAAUGCAAUGUUUCAUUUGUUUGGGUGUAUUCAGUCCAAUAAGGUACUAAAACUGGAAGGACGCUAUUUUAUUUAUUAAUAAAUUGUAUAUGAUUCUACUUUCUACUACUGUUGCUGCUGCUUGGCGCUCUGAACGACGCUCGCUGUCUGUCUCUUCAUCUGCUGUAUUUUCGAGGUUUUGUGUUUUUUCAAUGCCGAUUAAGGCUGGGGAAAAAAAGCACUUAUGUGUUUAAAAAAAAAAAAAGAACAGAAUGAUUGGGAUAUUGUACUGUAGCUGCGUGCAUGUACAGGAUGGAUUAUGGCUUUCCAGUUGCUCUUAUGGAAAUGUUUAUGGAAAUGUGUGUGGAUUCAACAAAGAGGGGCUAACGUGUUGGGCUUUUAUUGUGUAAUUCAAGCCACGUCUUCACUGUAAAAUGGCUCCGUAAUUGACUGCCCCCUUCGGCUGUAAAUCAAAGCAGCAUGGAGCCCCUCAUUUUUAAAAAGCCAAGUUUAGGUCGAAAAACAGGGCUUGAAUGUUUGGCCCCAAAUUCACAUCCGGGCUCCAUUAAUGACAUAGUUUUCUACCUCACCUGUUCAUUUUUUAAAUGGUCAUUCUGGUCCUUUAUGUAGAUAAAUGUUUGUAAAGAUCUUUUGUAUCUGGUAAUAUAUCUCCACAUGUCAAAACUGAGUGUUCUAUAUAUUUACAGCCUUAUUUAAAAGAAAUAAAAUGUGUGAAAAUGGAAA